AUAUAUAUAUUAAUUAUUUUCACGCGUAGAGUUGGAGAUAAAAAGGGAAACAAAUGUGGAUUACUCUACGCAUGCGCAGUGUUGUUGUAUUAUUAGGAAGUUUUGAGGGCCAAACAUGAUCAGCAGGUCUCUGCAGCCGCGCGCGUCGCCCCGCCCCCUCCGUCCACCGGGAUGGGGGCAGCUGGUCUGUUCCUGCAGAUCAGCGGGAUUUCUUAUCAGCGUGACGGAGGAAGCAACAAGCCGCCAGGAGGGAGGAAGGGAGGGGGGGCUUAGGCAGAACUCCACCUCAGAGACGCAUCCAUCCAUCAUCCAUCAUCCAGACGCAGCGCACCGGAGGGCACGGGGUGGCCGCACCAUGUCCUUGAGCCCAAAGAACUCCACUCCCUUCUCUGUUACAGACAUCUUGAGCCCGAUGGAGGACAGUUACCGCAGGUUCGGUGGAAUGGACCCCACGGCGGGGGCCCUGGGAGCCCCGCUGGGCGCCUACCGGCAGUCUCAGGUCCCCCAGCAGCAGCAGCAGCAGCAUCCGCACCAGCAUCAUCAUCACCAUCAUCAUCACCUGUCCUCCUCCUCCUCAUCCUCCUGCUCCUCCUCAGCGGCUCUGGGGCCGGGCGCGCCCUACCACAUGCCCCACGGGGUGCCCCAGUUCUCCGGGGCGGUCGGCGGUUUCUGCAACGGGGGCAUCGGGAACGUGGGGGACCUGCCGACGUACCAGGAGACGGUGAGGAGCGGAGGGGCGGCGGCCGCGUGGUACAGCAACCCGGAGCCCAGAUACCCCACAAUUUCCAGGUUCAUGGGCGCCUCCGCCGGGAUGAACAUGUCCGGGAUGGUGGGAGGCCUGGCCGGGAUGGAUUCCUCCGCCAAGUCCGUGGUGACGCUGCACGCGGCUCCGCGCCGGAAGCGGCGCGUGCUCUUCUCGCAGGCGCAGGUGUACGAACUAGAGCGCCGCUUCAAGCAGCAGAAGUAUCUUUCCGCCCCGGAGAGGGAGCACCUGGCCGGGCUGAUCCACCUCACCCCGAACCAGGUGAAGAUCUGGUUCCAGAACCACCGGUAUAAGCUGAAGCGGCAGGCCAAGGAUAAGGCCGCGCAGCAGCCGCAGCACGACAGCGGCGGAGGAGCUGCGUGCGCCACUACCGGACGCUCUUCCUCCGUUUCCCCCGCGCUUUCUAAAAACGGGAAAGGAUCCCGGACCGAUUCAUGCGGCUCCAACAACACCGGGAACCGACAGGGGGGCUCGGGCGACGCCAUGACGGCGACCCCGCAGCAGGUGAACCAUCUGUCCUCCACGGAGGAGCUGGACGACCUGUCUCCGAGUCCGCCGAUGGGACUACAUGAUCAGAUCAACAUGUCGCAGACGGACGCGGCCCUCAUGGACUACACCAACAGCGUCAUCGGCUCCAAUUUACUAUACGGGAGAACUUGGUAGCGAGAGGGAAUCGAACCCUUUACCUGGAGCACAUCAUCCACGAGACAGUUUUAUAUCAGCAAAGUCGCACAUGCGCAAAAAGUCAAAAUUUUUUGGACGCGCGCUGGAUUUAGCAAAAACUGAUCAGAGCUAAAAACUCAAUCUGAGUGAUUUUAAUGUAUUUUAUUCUUUUUUUAAUGACUGCUCUUUGAAAAGUAAUAAAACAAAAAGCCUCAUGUCUAAAACAAGACACGUGCUUCCUUCAAUUAAAUUAUUGCAGAUUUAAAAUCAGUUAUAAAAUGAAAAUAGGGAGGAAAAUUCAUUAAAUCUGAAUUCCAGCUGUUUUGUUUUCCUGAAUGAAUUUGACAUUUUUGUUUGUUGUUUUGAACUUUUAUUUUUAUCUGAUGAUUUGUGCUUUUAAAAUAC